GGCCUUUGCGGCUCUUACUUAUAAGGAAUAAUUUCAGACCGGAUUCCUAGGAUUCGUUACCAGAACCCGGGAGCGCUACUUCCCGGUCGUAGACGAAGAGCGUUAAGCUAUCUUCGCUAUCGCGACCCUGGAUCACAAUGCUACCGUACGGUCGUUGCCCAGCAUUAACGGUACUUCGUCGCCUAUCCCGCCCUACUUCGAGACGCCGCGUACCUUGAUAGUCAUGGAAGGGUUUCGUUUGCAGGGCGAGAAGCUGUUCCAUAUCGAGAUAACCCUGACCGAGGCACCUUACGGGAUGCGAGCAGCGUUCCCGGAAGACCCCUUGGAAGGCCUCAGCGGGCUCGGCAACAAUCUAACGAUUGCGAGCCCACGCAGCCGGGCCUGCCUCGAUAAGGUGGUGGAAGACGUGCUCCAGGCGAUAAAGUCGAACGACGCCUCGAGUCUGCCCCUCGCCAAAGGCGUGCGCUACUCGGAAAACGGGCAGUUCCUCGCGCUCGGGGACGGCCUGUGGCAGACCCUUGCUAAAUAUGCGAGGGCCGGCUCGGACGAGUACGCGGCCGUCUUCUCGGAUUCGACGAGCGGCUCCGCGGGCUACUGGGGGUCUCACCAAGGAACACAGCGUCCCGGGUGUGCUCGCGCUGCGGGUCAGGGUUUCCGGCGGGCAGAUCACGGAGAUCGAGGCCAACAUCAUACGCGCGGAGUUCGUCGGGAGCCGCGGCGGGACCACGACCCUGAUGCGUCCGCCGCUGCCGAUAGAGUAGGACGGGAGCUCGCCGGGAGAGCUCGACGCGGCCUUCAAAGCCAGCGGAACGGAAGGGACCAGAGUCUCGUCGGCGUUGGUAUACGCCUACUUCGAUGGCCUCCAGAGACACUCGAGCAAGGGGUGCGCUAAGCGAGACAACACGUUCCAAGGGAACCCGACCUGCAUCGCGCAGCUGGACGGCCGCGGGCUAUCGCCUAACGGCCUCACGAACACGACGGCCUCGGUGCGCGACAUACGGGUCCUAGUGGCGGAUGCGGUGCGAGCGG